AUGAUGCCAUACGAAACACCGCUAGAUUUGCUUCAUAACCUUGGAGAAGGUAUUUGUGAAAGAAUCAUGAGAGAACUCAUGAGCCAACGAACUAAGUUAUCAGUAAAAUCGCAAUUAUUUGUUGCUGAUUCUUCCAGAGUUGAGACAGAAAUGACUACAGUAAUUCUACCAUCUGAGCUCUCAAAUGUCCACAAGAACCGGAAUGGAACUGAUAAGCUUACGAAAUUCCGUUGUGUGCUCUCAUCUGUUGCCAUCCAUUCUGACGUGAUCGGUCCUAAAGGAAGGUUUACUAUUAUAGCCCUUGCAAUGACCGUGAAUCGAAUGUUCACCAAUGCAAACGCUAGAGGUGUUUUUGACAUCCAAAUGACCGCAGCAGCGAAUUGGUUCAUUCAAGAGGCCAGUACAGAAUACUUGUCUUCUUAA